AUGAAUUUCAAGCCUGGCAGCUCAAUUUUUUCCCAACGCAAUGAGGAUGGUUUACAGAACUCCGGUUACUUGGAAGCGAAUGGAAAUUCUGCAACAUUUGGAACUGGAGAAUUCUUGAUUUUUAUGGACUGUUUAUUUGAGAGCGUGAAUGGAUUGACUAAAUUGCCAGUACGAGAGUUUGACAUGACUGCAGUCGGAAUAAUCUUCCAGAAAAUUAAAUCAAAUUCGCUCCCGGACAACAAAACUAUAUCUCUUAUGCCGGUAGAGUAUGAGAAUAGUGACGAUGUGGGGCUAUACUUCCAUGAAGUGUUUAAGGAGAAGGAUAUCCGAAUAUACUAUCAUGAUAAGUCCGAUGAAGCAAGUUGGGGCCCCACCGGUCCAUCUUCGACGUAUAGCGAAAGCGGCGAAGACGUAGCUUCAAAAGUUGGCACGGGCGGGGGUUACCGUGGCCGCGGUUACUAUCGCGGCGGUGGACGUGGCGGCGGUAAAUAUCGCGGCGGUCGACGUGGCGGCGGUAAUUAUCGCGGCUGUCGACGUGGCGGCUAUAAACAUCGCGGCGGUCGUCGUGGCGGCGGCGGCGCUCGAUAUCGCGGCGGUGGCUACUAUCGCGGCGGCAGAAAUUAUGAUCGCGCCAUCUUCAUUUAUUGA